AUGAUUCUUUUUCCAUCGUCACGUGACGUUCAACCUUAUGUAUCAAAUUGGUGCCGCUCGUCAAUAACAACUAUGAAUGUUCUUGGAAGGUGUGGGCACUUCCUGUGCAACAACUGUCAUGGUCUUGUCUACAACGACGACGGUAUUUCAGAGAGACCCUGUAAUACACAUGGGAUCGAUCGCUGUGCACCAGGCUCACAAGCCUUCCAUCCUUCCGAGGUCGGCAAAGAGGUACUACACUUGCCCGGGUGGAUAGCAGUAGUGAGUAGAUAUAUUCGUACUCCACCUCGAGUCAUUAUAAAUGCAUUCAAUCACCUCCAACUGUGCUUGAUGAAGUUGAACACAUGGCUCAUCUCACAGGGAAUGAUCAACGCUGAUAGCUCUAUCCUUUUGAUUCUUUAUGGAGAUUUUAUCAUCCGAGUACCAUCUCAUUUGCAGGAACUAAGGGGUGCAGUAAUUUCCAAUGCGUUUUCGCCACCCUAUACGAUUAUCUACCGGAAGAUUCUGCUCGUAAAGCAUAUGAGAACUACGUCAGUAUUAUCGUGCCUUGUAAAUUUUUGGUAA